AUGAACCAAGAUUGGGUAACUCUCCCACCGAAGUCACCUCUCGCAAUCAGAUAUCAAAAUGGAUUUCAUCGAAGACCAUUAACCAACAUCCAUAAACUGAACGAAUGCCAUCAUUUCCAUUAUCCUUCAGUGGAAUUGGGACCUAUUGGAGUAAAGGUUGAUGAUGUCGAUCGAGUUCUUCCCACAAUCAAUGACGUCACCGCGACACUCCAAGUAUUCAGCAAUUCGUCCACCUGGAAACUCAAAAGAAAUCUAGCAGAGAUUUUCGAGUUCGAUCGACAAUUGCAUCGAUGUGUUUUCGAUCGUCGUCAUUCAAAACUCGAUGAAUUGGAGUGUGAAUGUGGAGUUUCCAAUGCGCAAGAAAUUCUCACAAAUUAUUUCUCGCGUUUCUCUCAGCUGACGGGAAGUGUGAUCACCUGCUAUCCUGUGCUGAAAUUUUUGGAGAUCGAUUCCCGAGGUCAUCGUUUCUGUCCAUUGGAACAAUCAGCGAUCAAUACUCCAGCCAUUGCUGCGGCCCUUGUCACAAAACAUUUCAAGGGACGCACGCCUGAACAGUUGACGAUUAACGUCGGGGACAUCUUGUCGAUCAUUGAAAUGUCAUCUGUUCCCAUCAAUGGAUCAACAUGGUGGAAAGCGAAACUAACGAUUCCCGCAUCGAACAAUUCAUCAAUUGAUGGAGAAGAAACUGACAAAAAUGGGAACAUUCGGGUAUUUCAAAUCGGUUAUUUUCCAUCGGAUUGUGUGACUCUUUUUGAUGACAAAGCUGUUCCCAAUCCAAGUCCCUUGACAACAAAGAGAUUACCGUUGACUGCUGCAAAAAGGCUCGGCGAAAUGGUGAGACGAAAAGUGAAACGAAAAGAGCCAGUGUUUGGAGUGGAUCUCGUGCAACAUUUGAGAAGGACAGGAAGAUCGGUCCCGUUGAUUCUUCAACGAUGUGUUGAGGCGAUCGAAAGACAUGGAAUUGUCACUGGAAUCUAUCGACAAUGCGGAAUACAAUCAAAUAUUCAACGAUUGCGAGCCAAAUUUGACUGCGGUCUUGAGCCGAAUCUCUCCGAAUUUGCGAUUGUCCGCGACAUUUACUCGGUCUCAUCACUCCUCAAACAGUAUUUCCGACAACUCCCGAAUCCCCUCUUCACUUUCGAGUUGUAUCAUGAUCUCAUUGCAGCCGGUGAUCAAAAAGAUGAGACAGUGAAAAUCGAAUGCUUGAGAGAUGUCUUACAAAGACUUGUUCCAGAGCAUUAUAGAACGGCUCGUUACCUGAUUUUCCACUUAUCAAGACUCUGUGAACAAAAAGAUCUCACGGAUAUGAGCUCGCGGAAUUUUGCAAUCGUUUGGGCACCAAAUUUGUUCAGAUCUCCACCAUCACUCGGCGAGGGUGAUUCUCAUCUUUUGAGUGGUCUCAACAUGCACACAGCUUUAUGUCAUUUCAUGAUCAAUCAUGCGAAUGAAUUGUUUCCUGAAGAGCAAGAGAAUGACAUUUUUCCUCUACAAGAUCUCCAAAUGGCUGGUCGACCAUUGUUCGGCGUUCCAUCAGAUACUUCACUUGGAACUCUUUCGUCACAACAAACAUCCAAUGGAUUUCCUGAUGAAAAAGCACCGUCUCGAUGGUCGCGUUUCAUUCGUGGGACAUCAGUGGAACAGCUUAUUGGCGGACUUUCGAGAAGACAAACAACACAAGUUUAUUCGGGCUCCUCAGCCAGCAACACUCCGACUGCUGCAACCCGAUUCGAACAAGAUGAAGUUAAAUGGAGAAGAUCCCGUUCUUCGGAUACAUCAAUGCGACAAUCUCGAUCUGAAUCUCUUCUAUCAAUGGUUCAUCGAGGAGCUGAAGGAAUACGAGAUGGAGUGAGAAGUCUUGCGGGCAGAGCUCGAUCCCUUCGACCGUAUGGAUAUCAAAGAGCAUCGACUAUUGAAACGAAAAUGCAUGACAGCACCGUGUCGACAACCUCGAGACUGACAACAGAGACAAGUCGAGCAGACACCGCAUCAAUACCCAAUAAAAGUCCGUCAAUAUUGAGGAGAUUCUCACAUCGGGAAAGAAAUGGAGUCGGAACACCGGAUUCCCCAAGAAGAGCUGUCUAUUUUCACAAUGAUGUUUCUGAACAUGAAGAAGAAAACGAGGAGAUCAUUGAUGUGAGUCAAGGAUUAAAAGAAAAGAUAAAAGUGAACGGGGAAGAAAAAGUGGAUGAGAAUGGACAGAAUGGACAGAAUGGACAGAAUGGACAUGAAGAUGUGUUGAAUGGAAUCAUUCCGUUGGCUGAAAGAUCGUCGCCUGUCGAGGAAUGGUCAUCCGAUGAACAGAAUCCACAGGGGAGAUCAAGUUCCUCGAGUCCUCUUUUGGAGAUGAGUCGCUACGACAAUGUGACACCGACAAAGGAUUUCAAAUAUAUCAUUCGAAAAGAUCUCUUCCCAACGAUCGCCGAGGACAACUCUACU